GGCCGAUCCAAGUCGGAGUCUUUAAUAUCGCAGUUUACGACGUAUGAGUCUCUGACGAGUUGUUGUGAAGCUAGGUGCUAACUUUAGCUUAGUUGCUAAACUGGUAACGUAACGUCUGUUCUUUAUGCUGUGGCUGGGUGUGUGUGUUUGGUUCGUCUCCCCGCAUCUCGUGUGUUGUUGAGAUGUAACACAGCUGAUGCUUCCACAUAACUGUCACAAAAUGACCCGUCCAUCCCUGCUCAACUUCUUUUGCGCUGGGAAUCGAACCAUUGAACUUCUAUGCGGACGCGCCUCUGCGCGUCGCCCGCAUUCAUCACACACAAUGCGAAGCGUUGCUUCGCGACCCGCUUCUGGAUUCAGACCGUCAAAGGUGGCGGUGGUGACAAAGACCACCCGCUGCGAGUUCGAGCAGCAGCGGUAUCGCUUUGCAGGGUUGUCUGAGGUCGACUUGAAACAGCUGCUUGCCAUGAAGGGGUCCAGCUACAGUGGUCUUCUGGAAAGACACACCAUCCACACUCGAAAUGUGGAGCAUAUUGUGAAGAGUUUGGAAAAAGAAGGCAUUGAGGUGCGAGUUGUGCGCAGAGGGGAAUAUGAUGAAGAAGUGGUGCGAUGGGCCGACGCCAUCAUUUCUGCGGGAGGUGAUGGGACAAUGCUACUGGUUGCCAGUAAAGUUUUUAGCAAGGACAAACCAAUUCUUGGAGUAAACACAGACCCUGAGAGGUCUGAGGGGCACCUGUGUCUGCCUGUCCGCUACACCCAUGCCUUCCCAGAGGCCUUGGAGAGACUUCAGCGGGGAGAUUUCAGGUGGCAGUGGCGCCAGCGGAUCCGGCUGCACCUGGAGGGAACGGGCAUCAACCCCACCCCUGUGGACCUCCACGAGCAGCAGCUGAGUCUGGAGCAGCAUCACAUGGCCCACCGCAUCACCACCUUGGAGAGACGCAGAGAAAGUGGAGCACAAGACGACAGCUUCUCGGAGCCCAAUCUCCUUCCUGUCAGAAGUCUGAAUGAAAUCUUCAUCGGAGAGUCUCUAUCCUCCAGGGUGAAGUGUAAAUCCUUAGACCCCCAUCUUACCUUCUCGCUCCAUAGGGCUUCCUACUAUGAGAUCUCAGUGGACGACGGGCCGUGGGAGAAGCAGAAGAGCUCUGGUCUCAGCAUCUGCACAGGGACAGGAUCUAAAGCCUGGUCAUAUAAUAUCAACAAACUGGUCGAACAAUCUGUUGAGGAUCUUCUCAAAAUAGGAAAGUCACAAACUGGGCUUGACAUCCCACUUGAUCCUGGAUUCAUUGAAAAAGUGACUGAGGAGUACAACCAGUCUCUGGUGUUCAGCCCUGAGGACAAGCGGCUGUUCUUCAGUAUCCGCGAGCCCAUCGUCAACAGAGUGUUCUCCAGUAUUCGCCCCAGAGGAUUUGCCAAAAAAGUGUGUGUGCGCUCCCGAUGCUGGGACGCCUGCAUGGUGGUUGACGGCGGCACGUCCUUCGAGUUUAACGACGGCGCAAUAGCAACGAUCAGCAUGAGUGACGACGACCAGCUGAGAACCGUGGUCCUCUAGAAGUAUGCACUGCCGUAGGAUUGAUGUUAUCAUUUAUGGGUUGGUGUUUGGGGGCAUAAAGGGAAUUACACAUGCACCCAUUAACAGAUAGCUAACAAAUGUGUUUUUACCGUAUUGCACUGGUGUUCCUUGUGGACGCUCUUUUUCUUUCCUUCACGCCAUCCUUUAGUUUCUAUAGCAGAGUGUCGCACAAUCAUUUUUCAGUUUUAAUUUUUCCCGACAAAUCGUUUGGACAAGAGGGAACGCUAAUGAAUAUGUAAAUAAGAAUUUUGUGUGAGAUUUUGUAUGAUUGGAUAUCAAGAAAAGGCUUGUUUUGAACUGCUGCUAAUGAUGAUCCAUUUCUGAGAAUUUCUUUGAGAACAUGUUUUAAAUUGAAUCGUUUUUUUCGGGAGUUGCUACGCUUAAGUGUGCAUUCAAAGGUCAAGCUGUCAGUGCCAAUUUUUCUAAAACCGACUGAGGUAAAUAUGCUAUGGCUUUUGGUGAAAAGCCUUUGUUGAUUUGAAAGUGAUUUUAAGCUAUUCUAAUCAAAUGAUUACAAAAAGGAAUCCAGAACCGACAAAUUUAAUUUACGUGGUUAUAUAUAUUUUUCUCCCUGCAAACCAUGUGAAGAGUGUAUUACUACCCAACCAAAAAUGAAUCGCUUUCCUAUUCCUC